UGCAAACAUGUCGAAAAGGAAGAAAACGAUCAACUUCUGGUGCUGCCUUCAGGUAGACACUGCUGAGCCCUCCCCGACAACAAGGUCCUCAUGGACGUCGUCCUCUUCCGGAGGUCGACAGAGGGACCGCGUUCAGGAGCUGCUGGAGGUGUUCCAGCACUUCGACCGGGAUGGGGAUGGGAAGAUUUCGGCAGCGGAGCUGCUGGAGUUCUUUGUGUCAAUCGGGGAGGCUAUGGGGGAGGAGGAGGCAGCAGGGGCAGUGGCGGAGCUGGACAUGGAUGGAGACGGGAAGCUGGACUUCGGUGACUUCGCGAGGAUGAUGGUGGAGGGGGCGGAAGAGGAGGAGGAGAUGAGGAGGGCAUUUGGGGCGUUCGAAUCGGUGAAAGGGUCUGGGAGGAUCGAUGUCGCGGGGCUCCAGAGGACGCUCAGCCGCCUGGGGGAAGACCGGUCGGUGGCAGAGUGCGAGGCGAUGAUCCAGGCGUACGACCUUGACGGAGACGGGGAGCUGGACUUCCGCGAGUUCAACCUCAUGAUGACUUGAACAUUUCUAAAUAUUUAAUAAAGAGUUUUAUUAUAAAAUUGUAAGGUUAUGUAUGUACUUAUUAGAUACGCGUUACAUAAUUUGUACUGUAUUAAUUACAAGGACUUAGUUGUUAAUAAUAAAAAUAUA